AAUAAAUAGUGAGCAGUAUGAGAUUCAGUAAAGAAGAUCUGAGAUCACGGCGCGUCGGUGCGUUAGUUAAAGAGAGAGAGAGACGCGGUUGAGGAACAGAGACCCUCAGUGAUGCUCAUAUGCAUCUGAUAUUGUAGUGAAUUAUAAUGGAAAUUCAUUAAAGCUCGUUCCCGAUCCACGUGCGCGCUCUUGAAUAACACUCGUGAUCCGGUUUCAUCGGCUGGGAAUAAACUUUCACAUUCCGGUUGUUAUUUAUCAGCCUUUAUUCAUAAGGACAAAGCGGAUCUGGUGGAUCACAGGUUUGAGUGGCAGAAAUGAGGGAGAGGUUCGCGUUUCAUCUUCUCAUCUUCGUGUUGACGCUGUUUUGGCACACCAGGUCAGUGUCUGCAGAUGCCACAGCAGAUGCCUUCAAAAAUAACAUCACCCUGUUCACACGCAUCCUGGACCGCCUGCUGGAUGGCUACGACAACCGGCUGAGACCCGGACUGGGAGAUCGAGUUACCACAGUGAAGACCGACAUUUACGUCACCAGUUUUGGCCCUGUUUCAGACACCGACAUGGAGUACACUAUUGAUGUGUUCUUCAGGCAAAGCUGGAAGGAUGAACGGCUGAAGUUUGAGGGACCGAUGAAUAUUCUGCGCUUGAACAACCUGAUGGCCAGUAAGAUCUGGACUCCAGACACAUUCUUUCACAACGGAAAGAAAUCUGUAGCACACAACAUGACCAUGCCCAACAAACUGCUGCGGAUCCAAGAUGACGGCACCCUGCUGUACACCAUGAGGUUGACGGUGCAUGCUGAGUGUCCGAUGCAUCUUGAAGAUUUCCCCAUGGACUUCCACUCCUGUCCUCUCAAAUUUGGCAGCUAUGCUUACACAACGACAGAAGUGACGUACACCUGGACAAAGAAUGCAUCCAACUCUGUGGUGGUAGAAGAGGAGAGCUCUAGAUUAAACCAGUAUGACCUGCUGGGACAAACCGUGGGGAACGAAACCAUCAGAUCCAGCACUGGUGAAUACACUGUGAUGACGGCCCACUUCCACCUGAAGAGGAAGAUCGGUUAUUUUGUGAUUCAGACGUACCUGCCGUGCAUCAUGACCGUCAUCCUGUCCCAGGUGUCCUUCUGGCUGAACCGAGAGUCUGUUCCGGCACGGACUGUUUUCGGUGUGACCACUGUGCUGACUAUGACCACUUUGAGUAUCAGCGCUCGUAACUCCCUGCCAAAAGUAGCCUACGCCACAGCCAUGGACUGGUUCAUCGCAGUGUGUUACGCCUUUGUCUUCUCUGCCCUGAUUGAGUUCGCCACCGUCAACUACUUCACCAAGCGUGGCUGGGCUUGGGAUGGCAAGAGCGUGGUCAAUGACAAGAAAAAGGAGAAAGCUUCAGUCAUCAAGAAGAACAACGCCUAUGCCGUCGCGGUGGCGAACUACGCCCCCAACAUCACCAAGGACACGGUCCUCCCCACCAUUGCCAAGGGAAGCGUAGCCGAACAGGGAAAGGCCAAAGCCGACGGCAAGCCGGCCGAGGCGAAGAAAACCUUCAACAGCGUGAGUAAAAUCGACCGCAUGUCCCGCAUCAUGUUCCCGGUUCUCUUCGGGACAUUCAACCUGGUUUACUGGGCGACGUAUUUGAACAGAGAACCCGUGAUCAAAGACAUGGUGCCCUCUAAUUAGACGGCGUCCAAGGUUGCGACGGGUUCCACUAAGCAGGACUAAAGACUAGGCCAAAACCACCCAGGGACUCUGCAUAUAAUCACGCUCCGACGCUCUUUCCCAUCUGCUCCACACAGACGUGUCGUGGAUUGUUGCAAGAUGCCUUUCUCUAUCUCUCUCUAUCUCUCGUCGCUCUUUUCUACAGCUUUUUCAGCAGUGCUUUUGAAAUGACAUUUGCCUUUGUACAUAUGUACGUAGUGAAAAUGAACAUGACGUGUUACGUUCGGUUUGACGUGUUUCGCUCUGUGAGAAUCUGACUUUGGACCUCUAUCUGUGAUAUAGACUAGCAAAUUAUAGUGAUUUAUUUAUUUAUUUAUUUGGUGUACAAGUUCAACUUUUUUGUGACGGUGCUUGUUUUUGAGUAGCCUAUUAAUAUUUUUUUAUAAGACCAAGCUCUUUUGUGCUUAUGGUCUGAUAUUUGUGCUGGGCCCAUACACAAAAAAAACAUGAAAUCAACCGUUUACACACAUUGCUGUAUCUUCACCGUAUGUGAUUUUAUUUUCUUCUAUUGAACCAGGAAUGUUCCUUUAACGGCAUUUUGGAAGAUCCGUUUACUGUCAGUUCUUUGACUAUAUCCCUUUAUAAAGGUCUCUAAUGCAGCAGCAUGUAUCAGGGUUGUGUGGGAAGCUCAUUCAACCUGAACUCCGAAGUCAAGAAGAAACCGCAAUUGCAUGCCAUAUUACUUCCAUAAUGUGCCCUAUUUUGGAGUAAAAUUACUCAACAACAGUAAAAUGCAAGCUGGGAUUUGAUUUUACCCAUUGGGGAUUUAUUUCAUUAUAUAAAAUGAUAUAAAAAUAAGAUUUGGAGAAAUUCAGCAUUACAUCACUUGCUCACCAAUGGAUUCUCUGCAGUGAAUGGGUGCCGUCAGACUGAGAGUCCAAACAGCUGAUAAAAACAAUCACAGUAAUCCACAACCCUUACGAAAAAAGAAGUUUAUUCAAGUGUGCUAUUAGUAUACUUAUUUUAAACAAAAAGUAGGAAACUUUUUAUGUACUUCUCAGAAAUAUACUUAAAAUGACAUUUAAGUAUACUUGACUUAGGCAAAAGUCUAAAUAUAUUUGAGCUAUACUUGUGCUCCUAGAAUCAAUGUUUUCAUUGUUAUAUGGUAAGGGGCACUAGUACACAUCUUCUGUACAGAAUUUCCAAAAAAGUGAAGAAGAAAACUGAAAUAAUUUGUUGAGUCAACUUAAAAUAAUUUGUAACCUGGCUGUCUUAAAAUUUUAAGUUCAGUCAACUCAAAAAAAGUUUAUUCAGCUUGAAAUGUUAAAUUAUACUAAGUGACAACUUAGAUAUUUGAGUUGAAUUAACUUAAAAUUUUAAGGCAGCUGGGUUACUUACCCAUCUGUUAAGUUUACCAAACACAAAUAUCUAAGUUGUUACUUAGUACAACUUAACAUUUCAAGUUGACUAAACUUAUUUUAGUUGACUGAACUUAAGCAGGGUAAAAAUUAUUUUAAGCUGACUCAACAAAUUGUUUUUUUUUUGUUGUUGUUGUUUUUUUACAGUGUACAAGUAUUUAAUUAGUAAACUAUCAGUAUACCUAUAAGUUCACUUUUAGUAUAGCUGCAGUACAAGCUAAAAGCAUUGAUGCAAACUAGUUGUGUACUCAACGUUUACUACUGUUAUACCUAAAAUAUACUUAAAAGUAUACUUUUAUAUACUAGAAAGUGGGCCAAUUUAGUCCCAAGGAGUACUGUAAUAGUACACUUACGAGUAUACUACUAAUACACUGAUAUUUGUAUGCUUACUACAGAAAGUAUACUAAAAAAUAUACUUUAAUUUUACUUAAGUGUACUUAUUAAAAUAAACUUGAAGUAUACAACUUUUUGGUGAGGGAAGUAAUCCACAUGAAUCAUGUCCAUUAAUUAAGAUCUUGUGAAGUGAAAAGCUGCGUGUUUAUGAGAAACAAAUCCAUUAUUAAUGCAUUUUAACUUUAAACCGUCACUAUUGGACUGUUUUUGCUUUUGCAGACUGAAGACAAGACAACUUUUUCACCGGAGAAAGUAGUAUUAUUGUAAUGAUCGAUUUGUUUAUUACAAACAUUUAGUUUGUGGAUUACUUGUGGAUUAUUGCAAUGUUUUUAUCAGCUGUUUGGACUCUCAUUCUGACAGCACCCAUUCACUACAGAGGACAAACUGGUGAACAAGCAGUGUUCAUCGCUCCAAGUCUGUUUUGAUUAAGGAACAAACUCAUCUACAUCUCACAUGUCCCGAGAUUGAGAAUAUUUUAGGAUAAUUUCCAAAAAAGUUUGAUGAUUGUUCAUAAAUGCAGUAUUUUCUAGGUUUUUGUUCAUUAUUUUUAAAGGGGGUCAUCAGAUGCAAAAUUCACUUUUUCAUGUUGUUUAAACAUUAAUGUGUGUUGGCAGUGUAUGUACAAAUCUACCCUAUCAUCUGUAAAAAUAAUAUCCCCUUUUUCAAAUCAAGCCAUUCUCAGAUGCCUGUCGUUGUGGCGUCAGACCGACAGAGGCCACUCCCAUGAUAGUUGAUUGACAUGAGCGUCUUACCUCAGAUCAGCUGUAAUAGUCUGACCUCCAUUGAUUCGAUGUCGGAGCAGGGAUGUAAAUUAGACAAGAAUAUCUCUGAUUGAGCGAUUGAGGUGUUGUGUUGCUGGAUGUAAUAAUCAACUUAGUGGUCGUCAUUUACUCCCGACAUCUGAGCCGCUGAAGAUGCAGUGUAUUAAGUUUGUUUGUGAAGGGAAUGUGCCUCCCUAUCUACACAAACGCGUCUAUGUUCGCUCGAAUCAUUCGUGAUCCAGAGUGAGUGUAAGGUUUUUUUUUGUGAAUCUCUGCCAUCAACUUUCCUAAUAACGUGUUAGUUAGCAAGUUUAGCAGCUAAAUGCAGCUAAAGUAAACAUGCUCGUCACUCCACAGAGAGAAGAGAGGGGCGGGGCAAGCAGAGUUCAUUAACAUUUAAAGCAGCCUCGACCAGAACAGGAUGAUUUUUGCAGAGCUGAUUUUGGCAAGGUAAAAAGGGUGUUAUUUUACACAACCAUUGAGAAUUUUUAACCAAAGUAUAUUAUAGACUUUUCAUUAAGACCCUAAAGAAUCAUAUCAACUUGUGGAAAAUGGGCAUCCGAUGACCCCUUUAAAUUACAUAUGAAUGAAUUAACUAUAAAUACAACAGCAAGUUGAGCUUUCCUCACACCCUUUCAUCAAAGAUGAAGUGUGUCAUUUUUGAUGUUUAAAUACUUUCUUCUUGUUCAAUGUAAAAAUGAUAAGACAUCUGUAUGUUGCCUUCUUAAAGAGUGAAAACACUGUGGCUUUGUGGCACUUUAAGAACUUUACACAGUCUGAUAUGUUUUUGUUUUUCAACCAAUGGUAGACAAGGGGAGUGUUUAGAAACUAGAAUCUGUCUGGUGCCGCUAAUGAUGCAGAAAUGACACACUUCAUCUUUCAUGCUGGAGCUAAGGAAAUUAGCGAACAUGUUAUAAAAUGACAUGAUGAUUUCAUGUUCAGUAAUUUCCUCAUUUUGCCACUGUGCUUUCCUGUAAUUGAACUCUUACAGACAAUGAUUUUUUUGGACCAAAAGACCGAAGUGCUUCAACUGCUGCAUGUUUACAAUUGUUUACCCUCCAAAAUGAAGCUAAAUAUUCUUAAAAUUCAGUGUGCUUCAAAAUAUGAUGCAGUAACAUCAUAUCAGUGUCACUGAAUUCUGCAAAUUUCAAUUGCCUGUCACAGAGUAGACAACAUAUUUUUUGUAUAUAUGUAAGGAAUAUGUGUUCAUGUAGGUGUUGUUGUACACUUGUGUGUGGUUUACCAUGAGCCUGUUUUAUGUUGUCUGUUUGUACAGUUUUAUACACGGAGAAAAAAAAUAAUAACAAGCAUUGCAGAGUUUUCAGGCAAACUUUUAAGUUAUUUAUUUUAAGGGAAAGAUGUAUGAUGUUCAUUUAAGCAUGCUGCGGCCUUUUUGGCUCUAUAGAAAAUGAUCAAAUUGUUUUGAAAUGGUAUACAUUGUUGUUAUGAUUAUUUAUCACUAUUUAUUAUUAAUUUGUUCAUUAUAAAAAAAACAAAUAUACUUUUCUAAUGUUUAAGAGUUCAUAUUAAAGUGUCAAUAUGUUUCUCAAUAUUUUUAGCUAAAGUUUAUUUAAUAAUAUAUUUAUUGAAUUAUAUUUAUUGUCUUUAUUUCUCAGUAUUAUUUGACAUGCUAUCAUAUUAAAUCUAUUUUCCGUGUUAUUAUAAUAUAGUUUAAAGCUCUGCUUUAAUUUUCUCAUUGCUUUGAUUGUACUGAAUAAUGGUUGCAUCUUUGUUAUGCAUAAACUGUUUGAGCAAUAAAAAAAGAAGAGGCGACACGUAAACGUCCUGGCAUGGAAAAGAGCUUUCCACACACAGAAUGUAUAGCUCUCUGUCAUUGUCCUGCUGAAAGACGAGGCAAAUACACCCUGAAUGAAACAUUCGUGUGCCAGUGGUUCAUGUUCUCCGAUGGAAUGUUUUAAACAGAAUGUUUUUUUUCUUGAUGUGUUACAACUGAUUAUUUAAAGGAACAUUCCAUCCAAAAAUAAAUUUUAGAUCUAAUUUAUCCCACUUACAUGAUGCUCUAAAUGCGUAUGCUGUUUUUAUAGUGUUUUUGUGUACUUUUUAGAGGUUUACAGACAAGAUCACUAUGAAGCUGCACGAAGAUCUUUCAGAAAAUCUUCUUUUGCGCUCUUCAGAAAAAAACACCAGCAUACGGGUUUGGAACAACAUGAAGGUUAGUAAAUGACUGCAUUUCACUUUGGGUGAACUAUUCCUUUAAUUGAAAAUGUGGGGAAAAAUCAAUAGUUCUCACUAAUGUCUGUUAUCCUUCUAUAUAAUGAAUAUGUUGUUUCCUAUAAUGUAAAUGUGAAUUUAGGCACACGACCAACAACUGAACCGCUUUAGUCCUUUAACUGCUGGGACUCAUUUUCUAAAAUAUUGGUACUUUCUCUUUCAAACAUCAUUAUACUUACUCUUUCAACAGCUUCUUGCUAAAUAAACAACUAGAACAAAUA